AUGUCUUCUUCCCCUCCUCCGUCUCUCCGUAGGAGAGGCGGAAAGAAGGAUGUUAACGCCUACGUGUCUCCCAGCAAUGCCACGGCUGCGCCAGUGUCUGCGCAAGGCCCAGAAUGGGACUACAAGAUUGCUAUGGCCGUGUUGACGGCAUUGGGCUUCCUGACCCGGUUCUGGAAUAUCGGGUAUCCCAAUGAAGUGGUAUUUGAUGAGGUUCAUUUCGGAAAGUUUGCUUCUUACUACCUUCAACGGACAUACUUCUUUGACGUUCACCCUCCGUUUGGAAAGCUUCUUUUCGCCUUUGUCGGCUGGCUCAUCGGCUAUGAUGGUCAUUUCCUUUUUGAAAACAUUGGCGAAUCGUACAUUGAAAACAAGGUCCCUUAUGUGGCAUUCCGAGCGCUGCCCGCUACCCUGGGCGCUCUCACUAUCCCGGUCGUGUUUUUGAUCAUGUGGGAAUCGGGAUAUUCGCUGCCCGCAUGUGUUCUUGCUGCCGGUCUGAUGGUGUUUGACAAUGCGCACGUUGGUGAGACUAGACUGAUUCUGCUGGAUGCAACCCUAGUCUUGACUAUGGCGUUGAGUAUUCUGUGCUACAUCAAGUUCUACAAGCAGAGACACCAGCCAUUCGGACGCAAAUGGUGGAAGUGGCUUCUCCUGACCGGUGUCUCUCUCAGCUGCGUCAUUUCGACCAAGUAUGUCGGUGUGUUCACGUUUGUUACCAUCGGCGCAGCAGUCUUGGUCGACCUGUGGAAUCUACUGGAUAUCAACCGCCGCGGAGGUGCUCUGACGAUGCCUCAGUUUGGGAAGCAUUUCGUUGCCCGGGCCUUUUCCUUGAUCAUUGUGCCGUUCUUUUUCUACCUCUUCUGGUUCCAGGUUCAUUUCGCCAUCCUUACCAGAUCCGGUCCUGGAGACGACUUCAUGACCCCAGAGUUCCAGGAGACGCUGAGCGACAACUUGAUGACCGCUGCGUCCACCCAUGUCGAAUACUAUGACACUAUUACCAUUCGUCACAAGGAUACGAAGACCUACCUUCACAGCCACUGGGAGAGAUACCCGCUCCGUUACGAUGACGGCCGCAUUUCUAGCCAGGGCCAGCAGGUCACCGGUUACCCCUACAAUGACACCAACAACAUCUGGCAGAUCUUGCCAGGUAACGAACAGUUCGCUGAGGAUGACCUUACCGGCCACCAUGUCAAGCAUGGCGACGUAGUUCAGCUCCGACAUGUCGGUACCGACACCAUCCUUCUCACACACGAUGUUGCUUCUCCUUACUACCCGACCAACCAGGAGUUCACCACGGUGCCCCUCGACUUGGCCAACGGGGAGCGUCACAACGACACUCUGUUCGAGAUCAAGAUUGAAGGGGGCAAGGAAGGCCAAGACUUCAGGACCAUGUCGAGUCACUUCAAGUUGAUCCAUGUUCCCACUCGGGUAGCCAUGUGGACACAUACGACUCCUCUACCAGACUGGGCGUUCAAGCAGGCCGAGAUUAACGGAAACAAGAACACCCUCCAGUCGAGCAAUGUUUGGUAUGUGGAUGCGAUCCCUUCACUGCCGGAGGAUUCUCCGCGUCUGCAGAAGGAGCCCCGCCAGGUCAAACAGCUGCCUUUCUGGCGAAAGUAUAUCGAACUACAACGCGCCAUGUUCUUCCAUAACAAUGCCCUCACCAGUGAGCACCCGUACGCGAGUGAACCCUUCCAGUGGCCGUUCCUCCUGCGUGGUGUUAGCUUCUGGACGAAGAACGAUACCCGCGAGCAGAUCUACUUCCUCGGAAAUCCAAUCGGGUGGUGGCUGGCUAGCAGUCUCUUGGCGGUCUUUGCAGGUGUGGUUGGCGCGGAUCAGUUGUCUUUGAGACGCGGCGUGGAUGCUCUGGACGAAAUCUGGGGUCCUGGUGCCCGCUCCCGUCUGUACAACAGCACUGGUUUCCUGUUCCUCUGCUGGGCAGCUCACUACUUCCCGUUCUGGCUUAUGGGUCGUCAGCGCUUUUUGCACCAUUACCUACCAGCGCACUUGGCGUCCACUUUGGUGACAGGUGCUCUGAUCGAGUUUAUUUUCAACGUAGACCCCAUCGUACCGGCCGGAUACGUGCCAGAGGAUGAACAAGAUCCCGCCGCUAAGAACAAGAAGGCCGUUAUGUCACGGAUGAUUCCCUACCGUUUCAUCACCCCGAGAGAGCGGAUGGGCCCUAAAUCUUACUUGGCUGCUUGGAUCGCGACUACCGUUAUCUUGGCGGCGACCAUUGCAGGAUUCUUGUUCUACGCGCCCUUGACGUACGGUACACCUGGCCUGGAUGUUGCCGGCGUGAACGCGCGUAAGUGGCUUGCAUAUGACCUCCACUUUGCGAAAUAG